GACAAAGCGAGCAAAUGCCAACCGUUUUCUGGCAGGAUCACAUUGAUAUAGAAAUUGUUACCAACAAGCAAGUAAUUAGAAAAAGCCUGUGAUGGCUGAUGUUGUAGCUGAAUGGGAAGCUGCCCCUGAAGAGGGAAUGUCUUUCGAUGACAGCGAUCGAUUUGAGGAAGAUUCAAUGUGUUCAUGGAUGAGUGAGCCAGAAAGUUUGUGUAAAAACUGGAGAGGAUGGCAAACUCAACUCUCUAUAAGUGGGAACUCAGGAAUUUCAGGGAAUGAGAAAACUCUUAGUUCUCUGAGAUCACAAUGUAAAAAAGGUGAAGUUCAGUCUUUGAUCGAGUUAUCUGCUCAAACAGUUGCCUUGCUUCUUCCUUUUGAACAAGUUGAGAAAUAUCCUGUACCAAUACCAGAAAAUUUACAACUAAGAAUUGCAUUUUGGAGUUUUCCAGAAAGUGAAGAAGACAUCAGAUUGUAUUCCUGUUUGGCUAACGGAAAUGCAGACGAAUUUCAGAAAGGAGAACAUUUGGUGCGGAAUAAUUGUAUUGUUGAUAUUAUGCAAAUUGGGUUUCAUUUGAGUGCCACGGUUCAAUUGCCGCAGACAAGUAUAAACAAGGGCUGGUGUCUGGUAGCAGUAACAUUCGACAGACAAAGAAUCACAUCAUGCGCUUGCAAUUGCGACAGUAAUGCAAAAUGGUGUUCUCAUGUAGUUGCUUUAUGUUUGGCAAGAAUUCAACAGCCUGAUACUGUAUGUCUUCGAGCUCCUGUGUCCGAGUCAUUAUCAAGAUUACAACGAGAUCAGUUGCAGAAGUUUGCUCAGUAUCUUAUCAGUGAAUUACCCCAGCAAAUCCUACCAACAGCUCAGCGAUUGUUAGAUGACCUUCUUUCAUCCAGCUCAACAGCUAUCAAUGAAGAACAAGGAGCUCCUGAUCCGACUGCUGGACCAAGUUUAUCUGAUAUCAGUAUCUGGUGUCUUGAUGAAGCAGCUCUCAGUGAUAAUAUCAAGAAAACAUUGGUUAAGUUUUGUGGACCGACACCUAUUGUUUACAGCGAUGUCAACUCGCUUUAUUUGUCUUCGACGGAACCACCUGCAGCAUCCGAGUACUCCAGUCUGCUCAGGCCACUUAGGGGAAGAGAGCCAGAAGGAAUAUGGAAUCUACUUAGUAUUGUUCGAGAGAUGUUGAGAAGAAGAGACUGCAAUGCAAUAUUGCUGCUUGAUGUUGUUACAGAGCAAUGUUUAGCUUUUGAACAGGUUGCUGUGUGGUGGUACAAUACUUGUACUUCAGCUGCACAUUUGCAUAGUGGAGGUGGAUCUCAUUCAUCACACAGACCUGCUAACAAUAUCAACUCUGAAAUUGCUCAACAUGCGGCUGCAACCCUAUGUGACGAGAUUGUUUCAUUGUGGAGAUUGGUUUUGUUGAAUCCCUCUCUUCAAAGAAGCAGAAAGGAAGAAUUGAAAGUCAGAUUACGUCAAUUUCACGACAAAACUCUGAACAUCAUUAAAAGGGGAAAAUAUAAAGAAAAUCAUCUUGUUUUGUUUCCUGGAUUCAAGGAAGCAAUAAAAACGUGUGAUUUUGAUUGGGAUGGAGGUUCAUGUAUAAACAUGUGCAGACAUAUCAUUUGUACUUGUGGAAAUUCUACUUCUCCAAUACAUAGUGAUAAUGAAUUGUCAUCAGGAGUGGUUAUGUCUCCAAAGAAAUGUUUCAUCACAAAAACAGAUCAAGAGACUGUUAUGACUGUUUACAGACAAGAACUUGAUUAUUUGUUUUCAAGGGCUGAGAGUCUCUACGUUCAUGGAUAUACAACUAAAGCAUGUGAGAUGGCAGUCAAACUUGCUAAUGAACUUUUGAAUAAUCCAGAAAAUUUAGUCAAUGAAACCGCUGCCAAUCCGACUAGCAAUAGAAGUUGGAUCAGGGCAUGCACGGAAUAUGCUUUCAAAACUUUUGAUAGAGUUGUCUUUCUCUGCAAUGUUUUAUCUGAACAUCCGGCUCAUAGAUUACUUGCUUUUCAAAUUGGACUUUAUGGACUAGAAUUUGAGAGAUUACCAGCGAGUAGUAAAGCAAUGGAAGUGAAGUUGUUUCACAAGCAACUUCAGCUCACAAAUAUAAUGAAGAAACUUCCUCUCGGACCUGAUGAAAUUUCGAUCUUGAGAGAAAAAGCGCAAUGCUUGAUCGCAUAUGAAGAAAAUUAUAACGGAUUUGCAAAUCGAUCGAGCGUGCAACAUGUUCUUCCUCUUCAUCUCACAAUGUUUGUUUUUGAUGCUCUGUGUCAGCCAAAUCGUGUUUCAUCUAACAAAGACAAAAAAUUUCGUGAAACAAAUUCAGAUUCAACUCAUGAGACUGAAAUAUCAAAAGAAGAUCAAGAAUUGGGAUUUUUGGCUUCUGUGACUGCUUUGGGAUACAAGCUGAAUGUCAGCGAGGCAGAGCAUCCACUUUUGUGUGAAGGAACUCGACGUCAAAAGGGAGAGCUUGCUCUGCUGUUGCUUGUAUCAUAUAAGAAUGUACACUCCAAAAUUAAAAUGAUUCUCGACAAGUUGUUGGAUAAAACAUUGGCUCCGAACUUACAAGCGAAAUCUGCUUUUACUGGAGAUUCAUUUACAUCAAGUUAUUAUAACCAUAAUACCUCAUCAUAUUUAUACAGUAGAAAACCGAAGGCUCCGGUAACUACGACACCGGCGACACCAGUUGUACCAGUUGCAAAUUCUCCGGUAAAUCUACCGAAACCUAUGACUGAUUUGAUAUCACCUGGUCCACCCUCCAAGUAUUGUACAGUCUGUCAGACCUCGGUUGUUCAUCGUCAUAAUUACAGAGUCGCAAAUGAUUCAAAUUCAUCAGCUCAAGCAGAUGACAGUAGUGAGGAAGAUGAUUCCAGAUCACAACCUGCUAGUAGUAAAGAUGAUACGGAUAGUACAAUGUCAUCCAUGCUACAUAAACAAUUGAGAGUCGACAGCGGAAACGAAGAUAUCAAAUCGUCUAGUUGUGAUGAAGAAUAUCCAACUAAUGUUUGCAGCCCUCAACGUAGAGAUGGUAAACAGUCGUGGAGAUCUCCAACCGUGAGACCAAAGAGAAGGCAACAUUGCAUAACGAAUGUGAACAGCUCAGCUUCUGAAGAAGCAAUGUUGAGUGAUACGUCACCUCGACUUACGAGAAGACAUGCAGCACAUUUACCUCUUGUCCCAUCAUCUGGAUCUGGAGCAUCAACAGCUAGUAAUAAACCAACAACAUCAUCAUCAACUUGGAUGUCCAGAUAUCCACCGAGUCCUAGUAGUGAUAGUUCAAGCAAUCAUUCAAUAAAAAGUGACGAUUCUGAAAGUAAUGAUCUAUCUGAUAAACCUGGUCCAAGUGGUCAGUCAUCGAUAGCUCAUGUACCUGCAAGCAGCAGUCCACAGCAAUAUCAACAGAUGGUUGGGCAACAUACCACUACAGUGGUUGGAUCAGGUGGAAAAUCAAGGCCCGGAAACAACUUCAGAAUGAAGAAUCGUGGAAGAAAUGCUGUUGUUGUGCCUGACGUACCGAACCAACCAUCUGAAGCAUCUGCUCAUUUUUAUUUUGAACUCGCUAAGACUGUCUUGGUAAAAGCUGGUGGAAAUAGCAGCACAUCAUUGUUCAUGCAGCCACAAAAUUCAUCACAAGGAGGAGUGAAUCGCAACUUACUUUUAGCUGCAUUUGAAAUUGGACUUUAUGCUCUUGGGAUGCACAAUUGUGUUUCACCUAACUGGCUCAGUCGUACAUAUUCAUCUCAUGUGUCAUGGAUUACAGGUCAGGCCAUGGAAAUUGGAAGUGCAGCUUUACAAAUUCUAGUCGAUUCUUGGGAAGGACAUCUUACCCCAACUGAAACCAUAAGUUUGGCUGACAGAGCAUCUCACGGUAGAGAUCCUACUACAGUUCAAGUGGCUGCAGAACUUGCACUCAGUGUUCUCCCACAUGCACAUGCAGUUAAUCCAAAUGAGGUCCAACGUGCAUUGCUACAAUGUAGAGAGCAGGGAACUGAAAUGCUAGAGAAGGCAAAUAUUGCUGUAGAACAAGCUGGUAGAGGUGGCGGUGUGUAUCCUGAAGUUUUAUUUGAAGUUGCUAGAAAAUGGCAGUGGCUCCAUGAAAAGACUCACAACAGAGAAUCGAGGAACCCGAGUCCACCACAAUAUGUGGUGCCAACGUCUGUUGCUGGAAAUAUGCAACAGCAACCACAACCAUAUCCUUCUAUACAAGUACCAACAGGUGGACCGAGUAUGGCUGUUCCAGUUACAGGGAUGGUACUUCAUCCAACGAGUGUGGUCACUUUCCAGUCUGACAAUGGGGUUAGACCCCAUCAGCCUGUUGGAGUCACAGUUCACUCACCUGGUAUCCAUCAACCUGUCACCCUCAUACAUCAACCAGUGACCCAGACCCCAUUACUGCACCCAGCCGCCUUUUCUCCGAGUGCAGCUAUCGUUACACAAUCGGCAAUUCCAUCUCGUUCUCCGCACCCUGUUCUGGACCCACAAUAUACUUUACCCAGAGGUAAUGGGCAUCAUGUUGUGCCACCCCACAUCUUACCCAAUGGGGCAGCUACAAUGGGUCAUCAACACCACACCUACACACCGGCGUCUAUUCACCAUCAUGCUACUGGAAUUAACUUGGUACCGGUGCAACACAGUAAUCGUCUCCACACUUUGCAGUAUUGUGCAGCCAGUGGAGCUUAUCUAGCUGAAGGUCCACAUACACAUCAUCAUCACACGGGUCAUCAAUCCCUACAACUUGCGACUGCUAUCGCACCAAUCCCAGCAAAUGCUCUACCUCUACAUAACCACCCCACCUCUUACCAGCUCCAGAGUGCAUUCCGAGUCAGUAUGCUUGCUCUUGAUCUGCUUGCAAAGAGAACUGAAGAUCGACCAAAUUCGAAAUAUGUUAAAAAUCCUCCGUACACAAAUAAUGUCAAAUGGUUAUUGAAGUUAUCCAUAGAACUUGGUAUGCAUUAUGUUCAGCAGUUUUGUCUGGCAGUCGUCACCGGUAUUUCAUCUCCCUUUGUCUUGCAAGAUAUCGCAGUAGAAACUGCACAAUAUCUAGCACAGAAUAAUCAUCAGCAGGCUUGCUCAAAUUUAAGGCUACCUUUCCUGCAACCCAUCGUUCAGAAAUGCUUGCAGAUGUACAUCCAUUUCAUACAUAAUAGAUUAUAUCAUCUCCAUCCUGCUGAUUACGAUGAUUUUGCAUCUCUAGUGCAAAAUUCAAGAACAGCUUUUUGUAUGACUCCAGGAGGACUGAUGCAGUUCAAUGAGGUACUGCAAAGCAUACGUCGAGCGAAAUCAUGUAAAAAGGAACUUUGGCAGAAGAUUGUUGCUGGUCUAGCUAUGCCUCCAUCUACAGUGUGAUAUGUUUUGCAGAAGACAAUUUUUCUACUUAAAAGUCAAUGCUUUUGUGUCAGUAUCUUCGUUCUUGAAUGAAUUCCCAAUGAACUAAUGUGUAGUGUAAUUUGACUGUUUUUUAAAGUGGUCUGGUCUCGGGGAAUGAUUAUUGUGUCGUUUAGGAUCGAUGAAAUUUAUUUGAGAAUUAAUUGAAAAUCAUUAAAACCUCAUCUUCUUUGUGUAUGUGUUAGUCAUCAGUGAUUUCUGAUGUUUUUUGCUUUUUUUUGGUUUUGAAAGACUGGCUCAAGUAAAAUUUAAGAUGUCAAGUUCUUAAUAUUACUUUUCUCUAAGACAAGCAUCAUUAAUAGCAUAUAUCCCAUGGAUAAUAUGAAUUUUUAUCGUAUUCUUAUGUCCAACAGGCAUUGAAUACAAAUGGUUUAUCAUUAAAUGAUGCUUGAAUACUAAUUACAUGGCAAAAUGACUGUGGAAUUGUAGAUAUUUUACUGUGUUUUCAUAUACUAUAUUUUAUAAAUUUACCCUCGGCUGACAAUGGCCAUUGUAAUACUGGUAAAUAAUUUCUGAAUUCUAAGUAGGCAACAGCCUUAUGCAGAUCGUUAGGUAAAAUAUUUUCAAUUCAAGUAAAAAAUGGCUUUUUGUUAAAACACCAAGUUUAGUUCAUAAUGUAUAGCUUAAUGAUAUAAACUGACAGUGUAGGUAAUACAGGUACAUAAAUUUUAAUAUUCUAUAUGUGAUACAAAUAGAUAUUAUCUCCAAUGAACACUUAGGAGAUAAUAUUUACUUUUAUUGUGUACUUUUCUCUCAUUUUUUUGUAUAGAUGACAAUAUAAAAGGAGUUAUACUGUGUCAAUUGAUGGAAAUUUACAUUUUUUAUCUGUGUUGUAUUUUUCAACAAAAAGUUAAUUUAAUGUGCUUAGCAGUCAUAGCCAUAUGGUUAUGGUGAUAUUCUGCUUUCUAUUGUGUUUUUCUUUCAUGCAUCAGCUCACUCUCGUUUUGUAACACACAAGAGAGAUACUCAUUCUUUUUGAAUAGCUAGUUAUACAGCCACAACAAAUUUUAAAACUUGAUAUAAUUUGUUAUACAAAAUCAAAACGAUUUAGUUUCAUUCAGAAUUAUUUCACUUUAUUUAGAUGUUGGGUUAAUUUGAUAAAGAAUGCAUCUGAAACAAAUACCGGUAACUGGCUAACUAAUCCCAUACCCAACAUGAACAUGCAACCGAACGAGAGGCCAUGGUUCGCCAUAUUAUUAGGCUAUCUUAUCAACUUUCCUCUCCCACAAGAUAAAUAUGUAAACCCUAUCCUAUAUGACUGGUUUGGCGUUUUGAGAAUUGCUCAAAUUUAUUUUAGGCUCAAGCUGUUAAAAUUGUUGGCACUACUGUAAGUAUUUGAGUCUAUCUUGGUUUUGAGCGCAAGUUAUGAAUAAUGUAUCUCAAAUUUAGAUUGCUUUCAUUCAUAAUGACGAAUAUGGAGAUAUCUUGAGUCCUAGAAAGUUAUUUCUACUUAGUUUUGAAAGGGUUUAUAAAUAUAGAUAUAUAAAUAAUGUUUUGUACUCUGUUAUGUCCAAAUCUCAGUAAUAAAGUUGAUUUAAGUUCAAGUUGCUUCUUACGUCAUGGUGAAUGCUGCUCUCUUAUUGUUGAUAAUCAAUUUGAAAUGUAGUUUUUAGACAUCUUUAUUAUUUCACAUAAAGAAAUAAUUUAAUUCGGCCACAUAUGAUAAGUUGUCAGUGAAACUCUUGUGUGUUGCUUUGAUAUGCUUUCAUUUUACGUUUGUAUAUAUUGUUUCCAAACUAUCCCUUUUUGAGAUGUAACUCGCAUCGAUGUAUCUUUUUAUGGUUAUGUUGUUUUUUUCCAAGAUGUUAAUUGAAGUCCAGCUCAUUUUACUUUUUUCAUCAGAUUACAGGAAAAGGGUAUGUAAGACCAACUCUUUGUUACUAUAGCUAUUAUCGCUAAAGUGUUUCGUGGAUGUUAUUAUUCCUAUACCUGAAGAAUCAAAUUAUUCUGCAGUGAUUUCAUAGAGAUGGAUAGUUACCACCCAAAUUUUUUUUAUUUUAGUUUCAACUUUUUUUUCUGGUGGGUUUGUAUAACAGAUAAACAUGGUACACUAUAUAUCCAUGGCCCAUUAUUAGUUGGGUAUGCAAAUACAUGCAUUAAUGAUUGUUGAGACUAAAAAUAUAUUGAUGGGAAUUAAAUUUGUCAUCUUUUUGUUUUUCAAUUCCAUUUUGUUUUUGUCAGUGUCCUUUUUUAAAUCUUUUAAAUCAUCUCUCAUGAAUGGUUAGACUUAUUAAAAUUGGUGUUUAUUUCUCUAUUUUUUUUACCUUAAAAUAUAUACCUUAAGGUUUGUUUCUCUUUCAGGGUUAUUGAUUGGAAUGUUAGUCUUUUUAAUAUUGUAUAUGUAUAUACAGCGUCGUUUAUUUCUUUAACGUCGAAUUAUUUUUUAUUCCUGACCGUUUUUGAAUACUACAUACUUGACUAUUAUUACUACUACUCUUGGUUUUAUUAUUUCUAAUUCUUGCAUGUAAAAACUCAUCCAAUAAUUUCUUAUACCACAUUCUCUUGGAUCACAAGAUAUUUCUAGAAUUGGAACCAUAAUACAUUUGGCCCAUUAUGUACAAGUUUUAAUGUUGAUUUUCUCAAGUAGUCAAAAAUAAAUCAGCGUUAGCCCUAACUGACUUGAAAAAUCUUUUGGUUCUCUGGAAUCUAAUGUCUGAUGGUGAUUAGAAAACAAUUUUUGGCACCAUUACUGUACACAGGGCUGGCUAAAUUUCUAAAAUGCUUCAUAUUAGGAUCAAAUGGAAUAUUUUAUUUGUGCUUCAAUUGAAUAUUCGAAUCUUUCUACCUGCUUAUUAGUUAUACAAAGAAAAAAUUUCUUCGAUAAAUUUUGAUACCCUUGAACGUCAUCAUAUUGGUGAAAGAGUAAUUGAAUAUUAUUCUGAGAUGUUAUGAAAAAUGCGCAGUUCAUGAACUGAUGAUCUCAAAUUUCUUUACAAGAAAGAAGUAAUUUUGUCCAAUAAACAUAGAAAAGGUGUUGUUUUCGGUUAUAGUCUAUAAAAAAUCUCAUCUUAUUUUUUUACAAACUAGUGUUUUAGAUACCGGAUGAUGGACUGUUUGAACAUGUAUAAUUUAAGAUGAACUGAAAUGUUAAGAAAAUUGCAUAAGUGAUUAAUCAUUUUGUUAUUUGCUUGUGAAUGAGGUAUUUGAAUCAUUUGGUCAGCCCUAGAAGUGCAAAUGGAUUAAUAUACUAUUUUUUGGUGUAAAUUAUACUUUCUUUUUAUCUGGUUAUGAGAAGGGGUUGUAUGUGGCGAAAUUUAACAAUUGUAAGUAUGAUAUAAAACUUGGAUUUGUUCAACCAAGUCCCAUAGAUUUUAGAAUUAAUGUAACAAAGCACAUCUAUUUUCUAUUCUGGAAUUUUUGCAUUUUAUUAUUGAGCUGUUUUUCUGGGCUAUUUGGCAAUUUGAAUAACACAAAACACUAGAAUUCAAUUUAUUUGCUACUAAUAUUUUUCUAGUUAUGGAGAUUACUCGUGGUUUCAAUCAAACAUACUGGAUUCAGGCCCUCUUUAUCUUACGGUUACUUUCUUGAUUUGUAUUUGGAAAAUUGAAAAAAAAAAUGUCAAUAUUAAACAUUGAGUCUUAUUGGA